AUGUUGGGGCGGGUUCCGACUGCAGUUAAACCUCCAGCUUCAGCAAAAUUGUCUCCGUCACAUGCCUUCAAAGCAGUGCGGAGUAGCCAGAGCUUGAGGAUCUCUGCUCAGCGUCUUUCUUCGUCCACCUUCUCGCGAACACCCGCUUUUACCACCGGUCGAGCUUUUACCAACUCCUAUCGGGCUUUCUCCACAACCUUAAGAAUGGGUGCAUCUACAAGAACGGAGACGGAUGCCUUCGGGCCUCUCGAGGUCGAGUCAGACAAGUACUGGGGUGCGCAAACACAGAGGUCGCUAGGAAACUUCAAGAUCAACCAGCCGCAGGAUCGCAUGCCUGAGGGUGUCGUCCGAGCCUUCGGUAUACUUAAAGGUGCCGCCGCAACGGUGAAUAUGCGAUAUGGACUGGAUCCCAAGAUUGGAGAGGCUAUCCAGAAAGCCGCUGCUGAAGUUGCAGACUUGAAGCUGGUUGAGCAUUUUCCUCUGGUGGUCUGGCAAACCGGCUCCGGCACACAAUCCAACAUGAAUGCAAACGAGGUCAUCUCCAACCGCGCCAUCGAGAUUCUAGGAGGCGAGAUGGGUAGCAAAAAACCUGUCCAUCCCAACGAUCACGUCAACAUGUCCGCCAGCUCCAACGACUCCUUCCCGACCGUCAUGCAUAUUGCAGCCGUUCUUGACUUCGAACAGAGGCUCAUUCCCGCACUCACAAACCUCCGAGAUGCCCUGCAGAAGAAGGUGGAAGCCUUUGACAAGAUCAUCAAGAUUGGCAGAACCCAUUUGCAGGACGCUACUCCAUUGACGUUGGGACAAGAAUUCAGCGGCUACGUUGCUCAACUCGACCGAAAUUUGGAAAGAAUACAAUAUACUCUCCCUCACCUAAGACAAUUGGCUCAGGGCGGAACAGCUGUUGGAACAGGUCUCAACACCUUCAAGGGAUUCGCCGAGGGUAUCGCGGAAGAGGUCACCAAACUGACCGGCACCGAGUUUAUCACCGCGCCCAACAAGUUCGAAGUACUGGCUGCUCACGACAGCAUCGUCGAGGCAUCUGGAACGCUGAACACGCUCGCCUGCAGUCUCUUCAAGAUCGCCAACGAUAUCAGAUAUCUAGGAUCCGGACCCCGUUGUGGUCUGGGUGAAUUGAUCCUGCCUGAAAACGAGCCUGGCAGCAGUAUCAUGCCUGGCAAGGUCAACCCUACCCAAUGCGAGGCUAUGACUAUGGUCGCCGCGCAAGUCAUGGGUAACCACGUCGCCGCGACAGUCGGAGGGCUGAGCGGUCAGUUCGAGCUGAACGUCUUCAAGCCUCUUCUUAUUCGAAACCUCCUGCACAGCUCCAGGAUCUUAUCCGACGCCAUGAACGGCUUUGUUGAGCAUCUGGUGGAAGGUCUCCAGGCCGACGAGAAGAGAAUUGGUACUCUUUUGCACGAAAGUCUUAUGCUUGUUACGUGCCUCAACCCAGUCAUCGGGUAUGACAUGGCCUCCAAGGUGGCAAAGAAUGCUCACAAGAAGGGUCUGACUCUGAAACAAUCGGCCAUGGAAUUGAAGGCUCUGUCAGAGGAAGACUUUGACAAAUACGUCCGACCUGAACUCAUGAUCGCACCAAAGGAGAAGAAGUAA